AUACACACGUCAUGCACACACUACACGCACAGUCAAGCUAGAGCACUACGUAUCUGGAUCCACAUUUGCAUAGACACAAACUUCAACGACAUGGCAUCAGUACUCAGCAGCAAUGGUCUCAUAAACAACAGUGAAGAAAAUUUCACAAAAUUUGGAGCAUUCACCAAAGGCCACCAGCGCCGUGGAAGUGAAAUCGAAUUCCAGGAGCUGACUCACCGAGAUGCUAAGCAGGCAAUGGCAAAAGAGCUGUACAAGCUCAUGAACACAGUGCCUACAGGAACUAAGGAGACAGUUGAAAAGGAAUUGGAUGGAUUCCAGCGGUUAUUUGACCGUUUCAUGGUGGAGACAGGACCAUCAGUGGAAUGGGAAGACAUCAAACUUUUACCUCAAGAAGCAGUAAGUACAAAGAAUGUUUACAAGAAACCCAGUAAAGAGCCAGGAUGCAAGUUGUGGUAUUGGGCUGUGUUAAAGAAGAUUUAUUAUUUUGAUAAUAAUUUGUGA